AUGUCGAAACUGGGAGAGUUGGUGCCGGAGAGCUGUUACUCUGUCAUCCGACAGGUAUAUGUGGAGCAGGGCUGGAGACUGGGGUUCAACUGCAAAGUUUUCUGCCAGAAGCUGAAGGACACGUGGGAAAGAGCAUCCAAGAUGAAAGCCAGAAGAGGCUCCCAUGCUCUGGAGACUCUGCAGAAUUUGAACUGUAAAUCUCUCUCCGACCAGAAAGGGCGCUGUAGAAUGUUGGUGGUAGGCUUUCCCAUAGAGAUGCUGACUGGAAGCUACUCGCUGUAUCUGAGUGUGAAACUUAAUGGUGUUUAUUUUUCUUCUAUUUCAGCCUAUGGCUGUGGAAAUCCCACCUACCCUCCCACUGCCAAAGUGGUAAAUGGUGUGGAUGCAAAAGCAUACAGCUGGCCUUGGCAGAUUUCUCUGCAGUACAGAAGUGGAAGUAGCUACUACCACACCUGUGGUGGAACUCUUAUUUCUCCCAACUGGGUCAUGACAGCUGGGCACUGUAUUUCGUCUCGCAACACCUAUCGUGUUGUGCUUGGUAAGUACGACUUAACAAAGGUUGAGAACAGCGAGCAGAUCUUCGGUACAGCUAACAUUAUUGUGCACCCCAACUGGAACAGCAACUGCGUGGCUUGUGGUAAUGAUAUUGCCCUGAUUAAGCUCGAGAGAAGUGCUAUCAUCAAUGACAAGGUCCAGCCAGCUUGUCUCCCUGCCCCUGGAGAUAUCCUGCCCAACAAUUAUUCCUGCUACAUCACUGGAUGGGGAAGACUUUACACCAACGGGCCCCUAGCCUCAAAGUUGCAGCAGGCUCUCUUGCCAGUGGUUGACCACAGUGUGUGCAGCCGCAGUGACUGGUGGGGCAGCACUGUCAAGACCACCAUGGUGUGCGCCGGGGGAGAACUCAAGUCCGGGUGCAAUGGGGACUCUGGUGGACCCCUGAACUGCAAGUCCGGUAAUGGGCUCUGGUACGUCCACGGCGUGACCAGUUUUGUGUCCUCUAGUGGGUGUAACACCAUUCGGAAACCAACAGUCUUCACCCGUGUCUCCGCCUUCAUCUCCUGGAUCAAUGAUACCAUGAGGCGCUACUGAAAAAGUUAUUCAAACAAUCUGAAUACAGAUCUUAAGCAAUAAAUGGUUCUGCAAGAA